AUGGCGGUGCAGCGAGCGUUGGCAGACGGUAAGAGCGAGGCCCUCCGGCAAGGAAAUGUGCGGGUCGCCAUUAUACGCAGCUACACACCGCUCGCGCUGCAGAGCGCGGCGCUGGUCGCAGUCGCCGGGAUGUCACCAUACACGGAGUGCCAGUCCAGGGACGGGGGCGCCGUCCCGGCCUCCCGUCCCCAAAGGACGCCGCCGCCGCCGCCGCUGCCGCUGCCGGUGCCGUCGUUUCGCGCAGAGAGUUCCCUGGGGGACCCGCCGGGCUCUCAUAUUUCCGCAACGCCACCGACGCCGACGCCGACGCCGCGGCCGCACCCACCCGGCGCGGCGCCCAUUGUGGCCGGUAAUAACGCACGGCGCGGCCCGGGAGGCGACGAGGCGGGGGCGGUGGCGGAGGCGGAGGCGGUGGCCGCGCGCCUUCCCCUAAUGAGGCCACCGGAGGCGGAGCGGCGGCGGCGGCACAGGCGGCUGGCCCGAUUGAUUUCCUUUGGAGCGCCGCGCGCGCGUCUUGGCCGCCUCUGGCCGCCACCACCUCGGUCGAUAGAUGAGGCCGCCAGCUCUCAGUUACGUGCUGACCAGAAUCCGUGUACUACCAGACGGUUUGGAGUGCCUCGUAGAAUACAGAAUCAUUGA